CUGACUGAUAUCAUGGCACUCAUCGUGCGUGUCUUUGGCAUAAUUAUGCUUGCAGAGAGUCUAAGCAGAAAGCGAGCAGAUAGUAAUUAAUUUGUUUCAUUGAGGGCUUUGCUCUCGGAACCAGCGCUCCUUUUCGCAAGGCAAACGAACCUUAUCGUGAUUUGUGUGCUACACCCAAUUGAUCCUGGAUUAUACACCAACAUCUGGGUUUUGUUGGCCGGAUUUGAAUUUACCAUUGUAAUUGAGAACAUUUCCCAGUGCUGGUUUUCAACAGUGUUGCAACCAGUAGAGACGAGCACUAUGGUGCUUCAGUUUAAGAUGUCAAUCCACACUGUACUGUCAUUGGUAAUCUGCUACUAUGUACUCACCGGUACUACAGUGAUGAGUUGUCCAGCAUCAUGUACGUGUUCUGGUGCACCUCGGGACGUUUUAGAUUGCCAGUUUCGCGGAUUAACAAUGGUGCCGGGUGGAAUACCGAAUACAACAAUAGUUCUACUUUUGAGUAAUAAUCAGAUCCAGACUCUAAGUGACGGUGUGUUCUCUAAUCUACCAAACCUCUACCAACUAGGUUUGACCAAUAAUCAGAUCCCGGCUUUAAGUGACGGUGUGUUCUCUGGUCUAACAAACCUCCAAUAUCCAGAUUUGCGUAAUAAUCGGAUCCAGACUUUAGGUGACGGUGUGUUCUCUGGUCUAACAAACCUCAAAUCACUAUAUCUGAGUAGCAAUCCUCUUAUUCUGAAACCAAGUCUCUAUGUCAAUUUGCAUGGUAUCCUACCUAUCUCCAGCAACUUCUGUUUCGGGUGUGUCCUUCUUGACUCACGGGUUGUGGUGUACUUGAAUCAAGUGUCAAAGUCCUGUGCACCUGGACAUUUCCAGAAGUUCAACAAUAAGGGAAGCGCUGACUACUACUGCCGUUGUAAUGAGUCCGUACCAGUUAUUGCGCCGAAUUGUUCAUCACCUGGAUACACAUGCCUGGCAAAUGGACAAUUUCCAAUUUGUUUUGGAUACACACAAUGCAAAAAAGCAGGCUCUACUUACAUUUGCACUUGUGAGAAGGAAUUAAGCCUGCAUCAAUCCUACUGUUACAUAGCUGAAGACUGCCAAAACACAGUGGAAGACUGCGGAAAUGGAAACUGCACCAUGGAUUACCCACCUGAAUCCCGAAUAAAUAGUGAAUUCAAUGAACCAUCAAAUCCACUUGGUGGAGCAUAUUCGACAAUCAAUGUCACAAUUCAUGGUGGUAAUAUUGUUAUACAGUGCCAGCCGUAUUUUGACCUGAACAUCGAUGCCGUCAGUUCAACUGUACAGUGCUUAUCCUAUGGAAACUGGACAACACUACGUGCUACACCAUGCUCUCGAGCAUCUGUGGCACCGCUAACAACAGGAAAACCAACAACAACGUUAAUACCUACAACACAGAGAACGAUGUCAACAACGGUAGCUCCAGCAACGACGACACCAACGACAACAUCGGCUUCACCGACAACAUCGGGAAUUACAUCGGGAACAUUGGGAAUUACAUCGGGAAUACCGACAACAUCGGGAGCAUCGACAACAUCGACCCCAACGACAACAUCAGGAAUUUCAUCGGGAACAUCGGAAAGUUGGUCCAAAGUUAGCUUAACAAUAUCCAAAUCCUCAUCCAAAGCUGGAUUUCCCGAAGUUGACUCAGGAACCGAUCCCAAUCAGUCCUCGAAGUGA